UCGAUUUCACUCCCCAUCCAUUUCUACUGAUAAUUGCCAUCACAUUGUAAAGUGAACUGCACGCGCGCGGUACUGCUCUCUUUGCUGUCUGUCUCGAAUUUUAGUGACCUACUACUUACUAGCCAUAUUUUGUGACCAUCCACAAUCAGUUAACAAUGAGCCUCGAUCUGGAUUCGCUCACCGGAAGUCCGUAUUCUGCGCGAAAAAACUGGCUCAAAGGACAGGAACAUCAGCAACACAUCGAAUAUCGAUUCUCCAGACCGAUCAAGAUUGUGGACUACGAUAAGGAGCGAUAUUCCUGGUCAGCGCCCGGUAGUCCUUAUCACAUACGUCGACCGGCCUUCGAUCGAAAUAGACUAUGGAUAGAAGACGAUACGAGUUCGGAGUCAGAAAUCGAUCGAAAACAACAUCACAUCAUUAACGAUCUCGGAACGGAAGAUGCCUUCAGCAAUUCGGAUCAGCCUGCAUCGAUGCUCAAUGCGGAAACAGACACAGAACCAAAGUUUCCAAUCACGAUACGAAGUGCCCGCAGUCUGCAGAGUCUUCGGAUGCGACGAGAUCCUCAGCAUCAAGGAACCAGAGCAAUAAAGGCGCGACGUGUCAUCAACAAAAAGGGCGAAGGGAACGUUCAUCUGGCCCAUCUGCCGCAACGGUCGCUUCGAUACGUGCGCGACAUUGCCACCACGUUGGUGGACGAACAAUGGCGCUACACGCUGAUGCUGUUUGUGCUGAGCUUCGUUGCGAGUUGGAUCUUCUUCGCGGUCCUGUGGUAUCUAAUCGCGUACGCGCACGGUGACCUGCUCAAGGAUCCCACCACGGGCGAACGGCUCGGCGAUGGCAACAAACCGUGCGUCGAAGGAACGACCAGCUUCACAGGCUUUCUCCUGUUCAGUGUGGAAACGCAGGUCUCCACCGGGUACGGUGUGAUCGUCCCAACCGAGGAGUGUCCAGAAGCGUUCUUUCUACUGCUAAUACAGAUCGUCUUCGGACUUGUGAUCGGAGGCGCGAUGGUGGGUGUUGUGUACGCGAAAAUGAUUCGCCUUCCGAAGCGAUCGUGUGAGAUGAAGUUUAGCAAGCGGGCCGUGAUUUGUAUGCGCGAUGGUCGGUUGUGCCUCGUGUUUCGUGUGUGUGACCACAAGCAGCAGCACGUGAUAGGGACGCAAAUAACGGCCACCAUGCUCGAACCAAAGCGCCACGCUGGUUCGAACGUGAUCGAACGCUACGAAACACGCCUCCGACUGCAAAACAACGGGCGUGUCUUACCCCUGUGGCCCAUUACCGUCUGUCACGUGAUCGAUCGGUACAGCCCGCUGUACGACACUUCGGCGGCGGAUCUGCUUGACCGGCGGUUCGAAAUCGUGAUCACAAUGACGGGCAGUACGAUGACUACGGGGCAGAGCACGCAGGCCCGCACCUCCUAUAUACCGGUGGAAAUUCUGUGGGGACAUCGGUUUCAGAACAUCAUCGAGUACGAUCCGAAGCGAGAGUGUUAUGUGGCGAUGAACGAGCAGCUCGAUCUGCUGGAGGAGGUCGACACACCGCUCUGCAGUGCACGCCAGCUGGAGGAGGUGUUCGAUGAGCUGCAAAACGAGCACCAUCGGGGUGCCGAUGAUUAUCCUUCUGCGGACGAUGACAGCAGGCUAGGUGCAUCUUUCCGCUCAAAAAUACAUUCUAGACUGCGCAGCAAUCCCAGCUCGUUUGUGAGAUUCAACGAAAUAUACUCCGAAGCCGAAGAAGAAGAAGAGGAGCAAACGAUUGAAAAUGGCAAACAAAUGUACGAUGCUUCGCCCAAGGAUAGCCAACCUGUCACAGUUCCCAUUGAGGACGGAACAUUUAUUGAACCACCGUUGUCCGUUGACGCUACUAACCGUAACGACUCAAAGGAAACAACCGCAACUUAACUUACACAUGUAGAUUGCGGGAAAGAAGCAUUCUGCUCACAAAAUUGUCAGUAUUCUUUCAUAGACUUAGUGAAAUUUAGCUCUAAACAAAUAAAUUAUGCAUCAAACGCAGCAAGAAUCCAAAA